ACAGUGGAGACAGAAGACAGAGAGAGAGAAAGCCGUUGAUGUGCCUUGUUGCUCGCUUUUGCCUCUCCAGAUGUUAAACCUCACGAGGCACCGAGUCACUAACCUCGUGUCACGCACGUGCCGCAACUAUUCCGCUAACUCACCCGACAAGUUCACGUUCCCGCCUCUUCUCAAAUCAUGCGCGAAGCUCGGCGACGCCACCCAAGGCCGCGCACUGCACGGACGCAUCAUAAAGACCGGAUUUUUCGUCGAUCACUACACCGCGACGGCUCUUGUGAGCAUGUACAUGAAGGCGAAGCAAACCGAGGACGCACUCAACCUGCUCGACGAAAUGUCCGAGAGGAGCGUCGCGAGUGUCAACGCGGCUGUUUCGGGGCUUCUGGAGAACGGGUUUGCUAGAGAGGCGUUUAGGAUGUUUCGGGAAGCUAGGGUUUGCGUCUCCGGGACCAACUCGGUCACAGUAGCUACCGUUUUGAGAGGUUGCUGUGAGGAUGUAGAAGGAGGGAUGCAGAUGCAUUGUCUGGCGGUGAAGUCAGGUUUCGAGACGGAAGUCUACGUCGGGACGUCUCUUGUUUCCAUGUACUCGAGGUGUGGGGAGUGGGUUUUAGCUGCGAGGGUGUUCGAGAAGGUGCCUUGUAAGAGCGUUGUGACGUACAAUGCGUUUAUCUCAGGGUUGAUGGAGAGUGGAGUUCCGCGUUUGGUCCCUAGUGUCUUUAACCUCAUGAGGAAGUUUUCGGAUGAAGAACCUAACGCUGUUACUUUCGUUAAUGUGAUAUCUGCUUGUGCUGGUGUUGUGGAUCAUCUCCAGUACGCUAGGCAGGUUCACGGUCUAGUCGUGAAAAAGCCGUUUCGGUUUGAUACAGUGGUCGGUACGGCUCUCGUUGAUAUGUAUUCGAAAUGCAGGUGUUGGGAAUCAGCGUACGGCGUUUUCGUGGAGAUGAAAGGUACCAGGAACUUGAUAUCUUGGAACUCUGCUAUCUCCGGGAUGAUGAUCAAUGGGCAGCAUGAGGUGGCGGUUGAGCUGUUCGAACAGUUGGAUUCCGAGGGGCUUAAACCAGAUUCCGCCACGUGGAACUCACUGAUCAGUGGGUUUUCGCAGUUAGGGAAAGUAGUGGAAGCUUUCAAGUUCUUUGAGAGGAUGAUAUCUGUAGCUGGUGUGGUUCCUAGUUUGAAAUGUCUUACUAGCCUUCUAUCAGCUUGUUCAGACACUUGGGUUUUGAAGAACGGCAAAGAGAUCCACGGGCAUGUCGUUAAAGCUGCAGCUGAGAGGGAUACGUUUGUUUCCACGUCUCUCAUGGACAUGUACAUGAAAUGUGGGUUGUCGUUAUGGGCACGCCGGAUCUUUGAUGGGUUUGAACCGAAACCCAAGGAUCCGGUGUUCUGGAACGUUAUGAUAUCCGGCUAUGGUAAACAUGGAGAGUGUGAAUCUGCAAUCGAAAUCUUUGACUUACUACGGGAGGAGAAAGUGGAACCGAGUUUAGCAACUUUCACUGCUGUUCUAUCUGCUUGUAGUCACUGUGGCGAUGUCGAAAAGGGAAUUCAAGUUUUUAGUUUGAUGCAGGAAGAAUAUGGAUUCAGACCUAGUACAGAUCACAUUGGUUGUAUGGUUGAUCUCUUGUGUCGCUGUGGGAGAUUAAGAGAGGCCAAGGAGGUAAUAGAUCAAAUGUCAGAACCGUCAUCAUCGGUUUACUCUUCUCUGCUCGGUGCAUGUAGGCAACACCUGGAUCCAGUGCUUGGAGAGGAAGCGGCGAUGAAGCUAGCUGAGUUAGAGCCAGAGAAUCCGGCUCCGUUUGUGAUCCUGUCCAGCAUAUAUGGUGCGUUAGAAAGAUGGCAAGAUGUGGAAAGUAUCAGACGUGUGAUAGAUGAGAAGCAACUAGUGAAACUUCCAGGUGUUAGUUUGUCUGGUUAAAGUAUAUUGACUGGUGAUGCAGAGAGAGCACAUACAGGGUUCUCUUUAGGGAGAACACAUACACGGUUGCCCUCUGGGGAGUAUUGGCAUCAUGAUUUGGAGCCUAUUAAGGAGACGAUACAGAGACCAGUAUGCCUUCUUACAGUGUGAACCACUGACUUGUACUGAAGAGUCUAAGACCCCAUUUGUAAUGAAUAUUUAUUUGUAAAUUAAAGAUGAGACAAGAGUGCAAAUUGAUUAUUGUAUUACCAAACUUGUGUUGUUUUUUUUCUCUUGAUUCAGAGAAAAACUGUAUAACAGAGAAUGAAAUUUUCUACGCA